GAAUUUAUGACUAUUUCUCUUCCCCACAAACAUAACACCUACUCUCGCGCCAUUUGAUCGCAGGAAAGCGAACCGGUAAUCGAAAAUGGCGCCCACACCCUGCUUCCACUGCAAAACAGCUCGCGCAAUCAUCAUCCGGCCGAAAAACCGCCACAAGCUCUGCCGCACCUGUUUCCUGCACGUCUUCGAGACCGAAGUCCACGAAACCAUCACCUCAACCUCCCUCUUCCAGCGCGGCGAGCGCAUCGCCAUCGGUGCCAGCGGCGGCAAAGACAGCACGGUGCUGGCCUCGGUGCUGAAAACACUCAACGAACGGUACGACUACGGGCUACAGCUGUGUCUGCUCUCCAUCGACGAAGGCAUCAAGGGCUACCGCGACGACAGCCUCGAGACGGUGAAGCGCAACGCCCAGCAGUAUGACAUGCCGCUGGAGAUCGUUGGUUACGGCGAGCUCUAUGGCUGGACCAUGGACCAGGUGGUGGCGCAGGUCGGCAAGAAGGGCAACUGCACGUACUGCGGCGUGUUUCGGCGGCAGGCGCUGGACCGCGGCGCCGCGCGCCUGGGUAUCUCGCAUGUCGUGACGGGCCACAAUGCCGACGACGUCGCCGAGACGGUCAUGAUGAACUUGCUGCGUGGCGAUCUGCCGCGUCUGUCGCGCGGCACGAGCAUCGUGACGGGCUCGGCGGCGUCGGCGAUCAAGCGCUCCAAGCCGUUGAAGUAUGCGUACGAGAAGGAGAUCGUGCUGUAUGCGCACCAUAAGCAGUUGGAUUACUUCAGUACUGAGUGCAUCUACUCGCCUGAGGCGUUCCGGGGCAGCGCGCGCACGCUCAUCAAGGAUCUCGAGAAGAUCCGGCCGUCGUCGAUUCUGGACAUCGUGCGCAGUGGCGAGGAUAUGGCGGAGUUGGUGCCGCCGGAGGUGAAGCAGGGGGCGCAGAGUGGUGGCGGCGCCGGGGAGUCGAUGGGCGGCUGUGGGAGUCAGAAUGGACGCACGAGAGGCGGCGAGAUGGCGGAGAUGGAGAGGAAGCUGGCAGAGGAUGAUGCGGCCGAGUCGAGGGAGACGGAGAUCAAAAUGACCGGUGCGAAUGCCGCGUCGAAGCCUGCCUACUCGAUGAAGGUGACGCAGCGGAUGCCCAAGCAGAUCAAGACGCAGACCAUGGGCAACUGCGAGCGAUGCGGAUACAUCUCCAGUCAGAAGGUGUGCAAGGCGUGUGCGCUGCUGGAGGGGUUGAAUCGGAACCGGCCCAAGACGUCGAUCGAGGUGGGAUUGGAGGAUGAAGAGGGCAGCACGACUUUAAUGAGACAGAUGGAGAAGGUGGAACUGGGUGGUUGAUCCGUCGGCUUGACUCCAAGUCCUUGAUCACCGAUUUUGAUCUGAUUGCAGAUCCUCCACGGCUGGCUGAGCGCACAGCGCCCGAGCCUGAACUAUCUAUACAUUCGACAUGUAUGGGGCGAUUCAUCCCGACGAAAUCGAGACUCCAAGUCGAUCGACGCCAUCAGUCUAGUUCGAUCCAGCUCCAGACCCAGUCUCACUGCACCCCGUCAACAGACAGAAAGAACUCAGACACAAGAGGAGAAAGAAAACCUUCUAUAGUCUAGCCCAGUUCAAACACCCCGAACAAGAUCAAUAUACAUACAUAAUGAAUACAAAAGAGAACCCGCGAUCAU